CGGAAGUGAUGGGCAUUCUGGGUAGUUCGUUGUUUAUAUUCUGCGGAAUAGGCAGCAGUGGCGGUAUAGCUGUUCUUUCGUCGGAGACGAUGGCCCUGGAGACUGUGCCCAAGGACCUGCGGCAUCUGCGGGCUUGUUUGUUGUGUUCGCUGGUCAAGACUAUAGACCAGUUCGAAUAUGAUGGUUGUGAUAAUUGUGAUGCAUACCUUCAAAUGAAGGGUAACCGAGAGAUGGUAUAUGACUGCACCAGCUCUUCCUUUGAUGGAAUCAUUGCAAUGAUGAGUCCAGAGGACAGCUGGGUCUCCAAGUGGCAGCGAGUCAGUAACUUUAAGCCUGGUGUGUAUGCAGUGUCAGUCACUGGUCGCCUGCCCCAAGGGAUUGUGAGGGAGCUGAAAAGCCGGGGAGUUGCCUACAAAUCCAGAGACACAGCUAUAAAGACCUAGCAAGGUGCUCGGCUGCCAGCGUUUGCUGCCACUUCUUGCCUCUGCUUAUUUAUUGUUGUGAAACUAAAUGGACAGAACUUCAGAUAUUCCUCGCUCUCGAAUUCUGAGGUUCAGCAGACUGUUGAGAGAGCAGCCCAUGUUCCUGGGCCAUUUUACCUUCUUUUACCUUCUCUGGACUAGUGGGUGGGGGGAGCGGUGUGGGUUGGUGGGUUAAUAGAGAGUGAACUGAAGGUGGAGCAAGAGGCUGUUUUUCCUCCCCACAGCUGUAGGCUGCCUCCUUGCCUGUGGGCAGGACUCUGUAUCGAAUGCCAAUAAACAUGAACCCAUAGCCCAUGACAGGUGUCUCGCGUCCUCUUAGCCGGGCACAGGAAGAACUCACUUGCCUUUUAAGAACUCACUUCCCAGAGCAACAGGGGCCCCUGCCGUCGGGAGCCCCCAGGGUUGCAGCCUUCGCAGCGCGCUUCCCUGGGUCUCACUGGAAGGUCUGCUGUCCGGAGCCUAGGCACUGCCUCCCGUUACCUGGUGGUCCUGGUGUCCGGAGGUUGCCACCUCCUGCCCUCGGGACCUAGCACAGCAAGUCUACACUUAAUAUUCUUCACCACUUGACCAUAUUUAAUACUCCAUUUUUCCUUCCUUAUCUGUUUCUUUUUACUGUUCUUCCUAUACGUUAGGCCAGCCAGUGGCACUCGUGGCCUCUGCUUCCCCCAGGCACCCACAUUCUGCCCCGCUUCCCUGGCUGGAGACCCUCCAGUGGCUGCUGGGCAGGGCCUGGCUAGUUUGUUCCUCCGUAGGGGGCGGGUUGCUCCCUUUCUCCUCUGGCCGAGUAGGAGGCCUUGAAUAAUGUUAUUGGCCAAAGUGAGUUACUUGCUUUGGAAUUAAGAAUUUACCGUAAAUCCUCAAUUUCCUAAAUUUCUACCAGAAAAUCCUGUUAGUAUCCCCAUUUUUAUUUUGCUAGAUUUCAUGUUUUCUAUCUGUAAAAUGAGAAUGCCUGUUUACCCCAGGAUUGUUGUGAUUAUAAAAAUGAAG